AUCUCCCAGCGCCUCGCAGCGCGUUAUCUACCCCGUCAUCUCCGUCUGGGCGGUCGGUGCUGCGCCCAGCCGCUGGAGACGUCCGGGAGGAGAUUCGUGGAUGCGGGCGGAUAUUCUCAGCCGAAGAGCCUAACUGGUGUGAUUCACGUCGCCGCUGAGUGGCUGAAAUUCAGAGUCAGGCAGGUGGAGAGAGAGGAGAGAGUGGAGAGAGUGGAGAGAGUGGGGACGGGCACAGAUCCGUCUUUGGAGACGAAGGAAUUAUUGUAAACUGGGCAGAGGAGCAGGAGGGACGCGCGGCGGCUCAAAGUUUCUUUUGCAGCGCUGGUUUUUCUUUUCUCUGAGCCUCAGUGUGACGCCCUGAUGGAAUGACACUUGGAGAGAGGAUGAUGGACAGUUUGGCACCGGAGCUCCUGCUCAGAAAGCCUCCCGUUGACGCCAGGCGCGGUGCUGACCGAGCCCUCAGGACGGCGAUCAGUCAUUUGUUUUGAAGUGGCAGGAAAAUCCUCCUCUUGAUCGUUUUCUCCCCCCUCGGAGGCCGGAAGAGUGAGAGAUGGUGCGCACAGCGAUUCCUCAGAGGCUGACGUGCGUACUCAUCACAUUCCUGUUGAGGAGCGCAUCUUAAAGGGCUUCAUUUCUUCAUUCAUGUUCAUUCGGCUGCUCUGAACUUGUUGAGCGGCGUUGAGGGGCCCUGGGAGUAGGCUGCUCCGCUCCACGAACUGCCAGAUCGCCACGCAGGACGAGGACCAUGAUUGACAGCCAGGCGAGCUGAGGAGACCUGUCAUUCAUCUUCCUAUCAGCGUGUCAGGAGGGCUAUCUCCUUCUCGCCUCCCCCCCCUUCCUUCUCCUCCUCCUCCUCUUCCACGAUCCUCCCUCCCUGAACCCUCUCCUCUUAUCUUCUCAAUGGGCUGGUAACCUCGCCAUCCCUGGCAGCUGUGUCCCACCCCAGAAAGCCGAAAGCGACAGAAACAGCACAGGAAAACGGCGAGACACGUCUUAGCCGACCCUCGCUGCACCUGAGGGCAGUUUGGCAUGCCUCCUCACUCCAGCUGAGUGAGCUGUAGUAAGUGCAAUUAGAAGAGGGAUCGUCUGUUUGCACGCCUCCUUGAGAAGGAGCUGAGAGAGGACCAGUCAUGCGUUUCCAUUUGGCGCUGACGCUGCAGGCGCUGUGGACUGCUGUUUGCCAGGCGGCCAUGCAGCACUACCCGGCAGCGUGGGGCCACUAUGAUGUGUGCAAGUCCCAGGUUUACUCAGACGAGGGCUUGACCUGGGACUACAUGGCCUGUCAGCCAGAGGCAGCAGACAUGACCCAGUACCUGAAGGUUACUCUGGACCCCCCCAACAUCACCUGUGGAGACCCUCCAGAGACCUACUGUGCCCUGGAGAACCCCUACAUGUGUAAUAAUGAAUGUGACGCCAGCACAGAGGAACUCGCCCACCCACCGGAGCUCAUGUUCGACAUCGAGGGCCGCAACCCCACAACGUUCUGGCAAUCCACAUCUUGGAAGAAGUACCCGAAGGCCCUCCUGGUCAACAUCACGCUCUCUUGGAACAAGACCAUCGAGCUGACCGACGACAUCGUCCUCACUUUUGAGUCAGGCCGGCCCGAACAGAUGGUCCUGGAAAAGUCGCUGGAUUACGGACGAACCUGGCAGCCCUACCAGUUCUAUGCCACUGACUGCCUGGAUGCUUUCACCAUGGAACCCAAGACUGUGCAGGAUCUGACUCAGCAUACCCUGCUGGACAUCAUCUGCACUGAGGACUACUCACGAGGUUAUGUGUGGAAGUACGACAAAACAGUGCGCUUUGAGAUCAUGGACCGCUUUGCGCUGUUUGCUGGGCCCCGGCUCCACAACAUGGCUUCGCUUUACGGCCAACUGGACACCACCAAGAACCUGAGGGACUUCUUCACCAUCACAGAUCUGAGAAUCCGCCUGCUCCGGCCUGCCACAGGGGCGACAAUGGUGGACGAGAACAACCUGUCCAGAUACUUCUAUGCCAUCUCGGAUAUCAAAGUCCAGGGCAGGUGCAAGUGCAACCUUCACGCCAACAGCUGUGUGUAUGACAAAGAGAAGCUGAGCUGCGAGUGUGAACACAACACCACCGGGCCCGACUGCGGCCGCUGCAAGAGGAAUUACCAGGGACGAGCGUGGAGCGCCGGCUCCUACCUGCCCAUCCCCAAGGGCACGGCCAAUAUCUGUAUUCCUAAUAACAUUGGUCCAGUUAUUCGGCAGAAUGUCUCAUCUCUAGGUGUCGCUAACCGAAAAGAAGUAGCCCCUCAGGUUGCAUUGUCCACUGCCCCUUCUGUCCACGUUGCAAACAGCAAGCGAGCCCGGGUGUGCGACAACGAGCUCCUGCGCUGCCAAAAUGGCGGCGUGUGUGUCGGCAACAUCCGCUGCAACUGUCCCCCAGCCUACACGGGCCUGCUGUGUGAGAAGCGACGCUGCGAGUCGGAGCUGGGGGGCUGCGGGGGCCCCGAUUCGGGCCAGGCCCCCCUGACGCCGCCUUCCCGCCCAGUGCUGCUGCUGAUGCUGCUGCUGGGCUCUGCACUGCUGAGAGAGGCCUCCAGUUGGCCCGCCGUGCUCUAAAGAGAGCCAUGGCCUGGUGGGAGUGUUCAACUCCCCAUCACCUCCACCUUAACCUCCCCUCCCAUCCCUCUUUUCAAAUAAUCAACAACCAUUAAACAGGAACAACCACGAGCUUUCUGGACUGUACUGUACUGAGCUUCUCCGCCGCCAGACUCAGUGGACACUCGCGCUGACAAUAACGGGAAUGUGCCAGACAUGAGUGCAAAAACUUUUCAUUUAAUUUCAAAGAAUAUAUAUACAAAUGAAAAAAACAUAUGAAAUGCCAGAUAUUAUCAAAAAGAGUAACUGAGCAUUUGCCUAAUAAGAGUAAAAUGAGCAAAGAACAAUGAGAGCCCCACCCCCUCUAAGCCAUACCAGGUAUUUGAGCUCCUUCCAGUUUGAGAAGGGAUAACUAAGGGUGACAGACUUCCUCUCUUAUUGCCACGGCAACAACAGCUGCAACCAAUCAGCUCUCGCACGGUGUCCGCCGAACCCCCCCGGGAUGCUUCUGCGAGUUAGUGUUGGCUGGACUGACGCCGAAGAAAUCUCAAAGAACCUGUCGCCGCUGAACGGCACAGACUGGCCUCCGAGACACCACGUUACACUUCAGCACAGUGACGAACAACACGAGGAGGAAACACAGGGAGCGUUCUUUGCUGUCAGUGCAUUGUGGAUAGAAGGAAAUCUGUCCGGACUGCCACUUUGCACCACACAAACCCUGCCCACGUCGAUCCCUCUCUCGCUUUCUGUCUCUCCUUCGAGCUCUAUCUCAUCCUCCCUCCUGUCCAUCCUCCGCCCCUUUCCGUGACCCGGUCCCCCCUGCCCCCCGAUCUCCUCGCCACGCCGCCACAGACCUGUGCUUUCGUGAAUGUUAACUCUGUAAAACCUCGUUGGUUGAAAGAUUCUUUUGUCCGAUGUUAGUGAUGCACAUGUGUAAGAACCCUCCUCCCUACCAAAAGAUACUCCCAUAAAGCUGUCUGAUUCCUUUUCUAUCUUAGAGCCACCACGCUCCCGACGAUCAUGGUCAGAGGAUAGUUUUCACCCCAGCAGACCAGAAGCGCAUAGAAAACCAUCGGUGUAUUUGCAAGUUCUUUUCUCGACAGAGCAAACAAAAAAGAGUCAUGUAGUCCUUUUGUAUCUUUGCCGAACUGUGAUUGAAAAAAAGGCGACCUUUAAUGUAUCUAUUUAAGACCUCUAACUGCGAAAGCAAUUGUUUAUGGUUUUCUUUCCGUUUCUUUCAUUUACUUCUUUUCUUUGUUAAUAUUACUUUUAGUUGUGCAGUUGGUUUUCCUUUGUAUUGGCAACGUGCUGGCAUCAAAGAAUAUCAGUUUACAUAUACAGUAUUAAUAAAGUGUAAUAAAAUCCCACCAAAGGACAUUAUAAAUGUUUUGUUCUUGCUUUAACACUUGAGAAUUUAAGUGAAUA